AUGACACUCAUUCUGAUAUUUGUUAUACUUUUGAAAAUUUCCGUUCCGGUACAGGCAUUCCUGUUAGGAACCGGUAAUAACUGUUGCUGUGAAUGUGGCAUACCAAUGCCACAAAGUUGUGGAUGUGCCACUCCUGCACCACUUCCAAUUUGUCCACCACCAAUUCCUUGUCCACCACCAAUAUGUCCCAUUUGUAAUCAAUGUCCCCUACCAACACCUUGUCCACCACAACCUAUUGCUUUAUGUCCACCAUCUUAUCCUGUUUACUUACCACAGUCCAGCUGUAAUUGUGGUGCUGGAAAUACCGCCGCUGGUACUUAUACUUCUCCUGCUAGAGGUCAAAAUUUCGGACCAACACAAAAAGGAAUUUAUGAUUCUGUACGAAAUGUUGCGCAAAGUGCUGGAUUAGCAGUUGCGCAUGGCGCUUCACCACCAUCUGUAAAUCCACAAAAUUUGCUAGGAACUGAAACAGAUAUACAGAAUACAUCGGACAUUCAGCAAUUUCCAUCUAUUCAAAAUGAAGCUGAAAAAUUAAACGAUCCAACAUUUUUGAAUCCUGAUAUUACUCAUCAAUUAUCACCAUUAUCGUCAACAGCAGCAUCAAUAACAGAACGAAGUGCUCAUGGAGUGGUAAUAAUUUCUGAAAACAAAUGUAAUAGCUUAGUGCUCAGGGAAUUACUUAAAAAGAAUAUGGAUGAAACGGAUCCGGUCAUAUCGAAACGAUCAAUACAUAAAGCAUUUCAAGAAAGCAUAAAAGAAAAUGACUUGGAUAUUAUUUGUUCAGAUGCAGGCUUUACUUAUAUUGUUAGUACGACAGAAUAUUGUGAAGCACAAAAAGAAAAAGUUAUUUGUUUUGUGUAUAAAAAAACUUAA